UUAGGGGAGUAAUGGCGGAGCUGUAGGGCAAGUUAUAAAGUCUGGCAUAGUCGAUUGAUUCUUGAUACAGGUCAAUUCAUUCAUUUUUUUGUCACCCUUCUUCUCUCUUUCUCUUUCUCGUUUAUUCAUUCUUUACCUGGUGCUUGGCCACCUUUUUCAAGAUGAUUCCUUCUGUUUUCCUUAUCUGCCUUCUCGGAUCAGCUGGUCUCAUCGAGGGGGCAGCCCUGAGUCCUUACUCGCAGAAAUACAGUACCCCCCUCGAAAGACGCGCCGAUUCAACCUGUCUGGCGAAUAACGCAAUUCAAACGGCCAGUAGUUCAACAGGACAGGAGCCUGGUUCAGAUGGACUUCAGGCUGGACAGGCGAAAUCUGCAACUGACGACGCAAAUUUCAUUAAUUUCUGUUCAGGGCAGACUUUGACCAACGGUCAGCAAAAGAAGGGCGGAUCCUGCAACGGCAUCGUCAUGGGAAAGAUCCCUUCCAGCAACAAUAUGAUCUCUGCCAUGAUCACGAAUCCUCAACCGGGAGACAAGAUCACCGCAGGGAACACAUUCACCAUCUCUGUACAAACCACGAAUCUCAAAGCCGGUUCCUUCACCAAUGCGCAGUCAACAUACUAUUCUGCUCCACAGGACCUGGAUAGUAGUGGCAAUAUCAUUGGUCAUUGCCAUGUCACCGUACAGGAAAUCGGGAGCCUUACAAGCACCACACCACCGGAUCCAUCCACGUUCGCCUUCUUUAAGGGUAUCAACGACGAUGGAAAUGGCAAGGGCCUGUUGUCCGCCACAGUCACAGGCGGUCUACCAGCUGGAGUCUACCGUGUCUGCACAAUGAUCUCUUCCUCCAAUCAUCAGCCCGUUCUCAUGCCUGUCGCUCAACGUGGUGCUCAGGAUGAUUGUACCAAGUUCGAGGUUGUCUCUAGCAGCAGCAGCAGCGGCAGCAACGGCAGCAAUACCAACAACAGUAACAACUCUAAUACGAGCAACGGUAGCAGUAGCUCCAGCACGAAUUCAAAAGUGACAGUCCAGUCCGGCUCUCUUGGUGGGGCUCCUCCUACGAUACAGGAUUCGGGGAAUCCCUCCAGACCAUUCUCUGUCAACGGGAACACCUUCGUGAACUCGGCUGCAGCCGUCCAACGGGCUUGUGAUAUCCAAUUUAAUCAGUGUGCAGACGCUGCCAACGCCGGAAAACUAGGAGGCAAAACCGUUAAUGAUUGCCAGAUUCAGAAGAAUGGCUGUAAAGCAGCAUAGAGAUCUAGCUCGACUUGUAUAUAUUAUCACUGACGGCACUUUUGGAUAUUCCGGGGUCUAUGUUCGAAUAACAGCUGCUGAGAUUUAUAGGGGGUGGGGGGGAAGAAAGAAGGAAACAGAAGUGUAUCAUUUUUUUUUUUUGCCAUUAUACACAGGAACAACCGAGUAAAAUCUAAAAACUACCUAGACUGCCUUAAAAUACAUGCGUAAUAUUGGUUACAGUCCGGUUAAGUCCGAGUUCUUCGACCCAAGUCACAACUCAAGAGUGUAGCACCAUGGCAUAAUCGUAGCCGUUGCUAUAUUGAACAAACGCUAAUGUUUUCUUAGCUCUCUCCAAAUGCGCCCGCAGGUCAGGUAAGAUGGGGAUAAUUCCUACAGGCAGCGUCUUUGUACUCCAUGGCCACGCUCUGGCCUAGUCCAUUGUUAGAUUGGAAGUCUAAUCCAA